UUUUUUUGCUGAAAAUGGUUGGAUCCUUUUGUCAGGAAUCUGGAGCCAUCAUCAUCCUAAUAGUAACGACACAAAACAUCAUGAUACGGAUGAGGAAACUGUGCCCGAACAUAGACAAGGAAGAUGGAUUGGAGACAGUGUUGGAGGUUCCAAUACCUGAGGAGAUGUUCUCGAGUAUGGGGACCAACGUGGCGUUGAGAUGGCAGAACAUGCUGACGUGGAUGAAAGCUCAGACCUCCGACAAGUGGUCGCAGCCGCUGAUCGCCGCCCGAAUCAACGAGCUGCGGUUCCUCCUCUACCUCGUCGGCUCCCCUCUCAUCCCUCUCCAGGUCCAGCUCGGCCAUUCCCUUCACAAGCCCGUCAAAGACAACUCCAUUCAAGCGUCGACGGCGAAGUACAUAGUGCAGCAGUACAUAGCGGCGACGGGAGGGCAGGCGGCGAUAAACGCGGUGAACAGCAUGUGCGUGACCGGAGAGGUGAAGAUGACGGCGUCGGAGUUUCACCAAGGCGAUGACUCCGGCGCCAAUCUCAAGAGCACCGACGAGAUGGGUGGGUUCGUUCUAUGGCAGAAAGAUCCUGACCUCUGGUGUAUGGAGCUCGUCGUCUCCGGUUGCAAGGUCGUCUCCGGUAGCAACGGCCGGCUUUCAUGGCGUCACUCUUCGAACCAGCAGUCUCCUCCUUCCACCGGACCUCCCCGACCCCUCCGCCGCUUCUUACAGGGAUUGGAUCCUCGAUCGACGGCGAACCUGUUCCUGGACGCGACUUGCAUCGGGGAGAAGAUAAUCGGCGGGGAGGAUUGCUUCAUCCUGAAGCUGGAGACGAGCCCGGCGGUGCGAGAGGCUCAGAGCGGUCCAAACUACGAGAUCAUACACCACACGAUCUGGGGGUACUUCAGCCAGAGAUCGGGGCUCCUGAUCCAGUUCGAGGACUCGAGGCUUCUGCGGAUGCGGACCAAGCAAGACGACGACGUUUUCUGGGAGACGAGCGCCGAGUCGGUGAUGGACGAUUACAGGUACGUCGACAACGUCAACAUCGCCCACGGCGGACGUACAUCCGUGACGGUUUUCCGGUACGGAGAGGCGUCGGCGAACCACCGGAGACAGAUGACGGAGAAGUGGCGCAUCGAGGAGGUCGAUUUCAACGUAUGGGGUCUCUCCGUUGAUCAUUUCCUUCCUCCGGCCGAAUUGAAGAUCGGAGAAUGAGGGUUUUGGUAAUAGAUCAGACUGAGAAUCAGAAGUUUUUUGGAUUUCGAAGAAUGCAAUCGUUUAGGGGGUUAGCGUGAAGAGAGGUUUUAGGGUUCAAACCAAAUCCGUGAGUUCGAUGCCUUGCCUUCGAUUAUUUUGGCUUCCCCCAAUUUGUCGAGAAACACGAAUGUUCUGUCGGCGAAAGAAUCCAACUUUAAUAAUUUUGACAUAAAUAUCAAAUUAUACUUGCAUGAA